AUGCCACGGCCAUCAUUGCCCUUGAAGCUCCUUCAGGGUACCCUUGCUGGAACCUCUACCAGCGUGACUGGAUUUUUGUUCUAUACCAGGCACUGUGAAGUCGUCGGUUCGCUCGACCAAGCCACAGAACCCCUCUUCGAUUCUCAUUUCUUCCACAGGUACAAUCCGCACCACAACCACGUCAACAGCGAUAUUGUCGCGCGUUACAUACCUCUGACAGAACUCCGCCGCGAUCUACUCGAAGACUCUCGCAAUGGCGGCAGCAAACUGGUCGAGCAUUUUUGCGGGGCUAUGUGGAGCGGAUGGUCGUACACGCCUCAGCGACUAUUCAACACAUGGACCAAGCCUGAAUCAUCCCUCCCACCACCGGAUUCAAUGUUGUCUAAUUCCGGUCUAGUGCUUGACGAAGUUACCUCCAAGACACUUUUCACGUGGUCCCGCAUGGCCUCCAUUUUUGCUGCCUCCCUUUGUGCCUUGAAGUCGUCAGACCCGAUUCCAAACACACCACCGCCUACCACGCAACAAGACGAACCUCUCGACCUCUGGGAUCCCAGCACUUUGUCUGCCUCCACCUACCCAAUCGGCACCUCCAUUACGAACUCUUUUCUCGUGCUCUUCAAAACACCUACUACUAUACUCGUGCGCUGUGGAUCUUCCCCACUCGACUACCCCUAUAAACCUCGCACCUCGGACGGUCUUUUUGAGAUAUCCGCUGUGGUGGACUUCGACCAAGGGUGUGCGGAGUUUAAGAUAAAAUCGCUCUUUUAUAACGGCACAGAAGAGGCGAAAGACAAAACAAUGGGAUUAUCGAAGGGCCUGUGGUGGUUACAUGAGCAGUAUGCGAAGUUACUGCUAGAGACUAGUGUCAGAAAGUGUAGAAUCUAA